AUGUGCAGUGGCAAUCGUGUGCCGUUUGUUGCACUUGAUAUUGCCACAAUAUUUAACCAUUACGGCCGAUAUCAUCGUCACGAUGCGAAUUUCUUUGCAACAUGCAGCGUUCGCGGAUGCGGGGCUUCGUACAGAAAGCUGGAAGGUUUCAGAAGCCAUAUUCGUCGACACCACAAAGACGUUGUCAUACCGGGUGAUUUCGCCGGUGGAAUUGUUGAUCGUGAGGCACUGAGAGACGAAAACUUAAUUCAAGGUAUCAACGAGCCCCAAGAUGCACCUGAAAUGGAUUUUCAAAAGCGAAACGCAUUAUUUCUACUCAAGAUGAAAGAAGUUCACCAGUUGACUGAAAUAGCUACGACAACCUUGUUGUCUGACACUACGUCUCUAGUCCAGAGCUUUGUUGAACGAGUUGAGGACAAAGUGAAAGAUUGCUUGGAGAAUGCUGGGAUUGUGUUUGAAGAUAUUCCUGGAAUGAAGGAUAUAUUCUCACCAGACAAUGAGAUGACCAACCCAUUCACUGGCCUCAAGACAAAAACUGAACAAAAACAAUACUUUCAAGAUCAUUUUGGCCUUGUGGUAAGAUUUACUAAAAUAUGUAUGCUUAUGAUCAAACAUUAACAAGAUUUCGAGAAAAAUUCCCCUCCUAAUAGGUGUAGAUAUUUUAGAGAUUUUAAUAAUAUAUUAAAAUAAUGUGUAAUGUGUAUGGAAUGUAUUAUGGUUGGUCAAAGUCCCUGAACCCCUGGGCACCCUUGCCAUUCAAGGGACACACCAUUCUCGUACCGGCCAGAGCCCUUCUUACGCGCGGUCAACAGAGUGCGACAAGGGGCUCUGGCCAAAUCCAAACUGGAUACCAUAAAAACAUUAGAACAAUAACCUUCGUUCUGGCCAUGCAGAUGCCAGUUUGAUGUGGAUUUCGUCAGAGCCCUUUGUUGCGCUCGGUUGACCGCACAUAAGAAGGGCUCUAGAUACGAGAAUGGGGACACACAUAGUAUUUAUGCUUUUUCAAAUUGUUAACUAGUUUCAGUAUAUGUCAGUUUACUCGGUGGUCAUCCCUUCCGUGAAUUUUGCUUUAUUAAUUGUUGCCAUGGAAUUAAUCUUUCCUUGUUUAUGCCAUAGGAACCCGAGCGAUAUGUUCUUGGAAACUACCAUGUCCACAUAAGAUCUGGCACAAAGAGGAAGAUGGUAGCAAAACCAGAUGAAAUGGCCCUAGUACCGCUACUUAAGAGCCUUGAAGCCAUGUUGAAUGAUCCGUCAGUCAUUAACGAGGUAAAUAAUCAAAUACAUUCAAAUUUAACUUAUACGUUUUCAUGAUGAUAUACAGUUAUUUCAAUUAAGGUUGUCCCCAAGCAAAGCAGAAAAGUCGAAUAUGAGCGAGAAAGGCUUGCUGGGAAUCGCAAAAAUAUUCAUUAAUUUUUUAGCAAUUCCCAGCAAGCUUUCGCACUUGUAUUUCACUUUUCCGCUUUGCUCACAGACAACCUUAAUUGAAAUAGCUGUAUACUGCAAUAGUUUUUUUUUGUGGAAAACACCAUAAAUAUUUAUUUGGCAAUGUGUUACACUGACAAUGAGGGUCUGAGGCAGUCUGGGCAUAUGGGCAGAAUUACAAAGCUUAAGCUUUGCCAAAUAAAUAUUGUGGCAUUUUCUGCAAAAACAAAACUAUUAAAAUAAAAUUCAUAAUUUCCAAGACAUUUUUUUUAAAUUAAGAAAGGUAUCAAUUUUCUGAAAAUUUUCUAAUUUUUGUUCUUUUCAGAUAGAACAUCCACACAUUAAUAAAACUAACAAUGGCCGAAUCUAUGAUUAUUGUGAUGGCGAGGCUUGUAAAUCACACCCUCUCUUUUCAAGAAAUCCUAGUGCAUUACAAAUUAUAGUGUAUUUUGACGAAGUUGAAUGUGUUAAUCCUCUGGGCAGCAAAACAAAGAAACACAAGAUAGGUACAGUAUAUACUGUAUUUUAUUUGUCCCCAUGUAUAAACAUGCAAGAUAGGAGAGCAGAUCAGUGUACUGUCAGUAAAUGAGUUAGCAAAACUAUCUGCCAGUGUCUCUUGUAUUAGCCGGCAAUGUGUCCGGAAUGGCAGGAUGCAUUUCAUUUGGUCUACACUUUGAACAGUCUACACCUGACAAUUUUACUUCAGCAUUUUACUCUGUCUAAUGGCAGAUGAUUUAACUCGACAAGACUAUGUUAAAAUAUGACUUGUUGGUUGUUAUAAUUAUAUUGUCCUUUAAAAAGACGGGAAACGACUAAACGCGGACCCCAGGUCCGCGGACUACCUUCGUGGGCCCGGUCUGUGGACCACGGACCACUUUCAUGGACCACUCGCGAAAUUUCGCCUACCGAACAAUUGGACCAAGCACUAGGCGUAAAAAAAAUACCUGUGGUUCCGGUUCCUGACCGACCCUAUUUUUUUCAACGCGAUUGACCGUGCGACCCAAUUUUCUCCAGGUGGUUCGCGCUGCUUAUACAGCGUGCCAAAAUGGCGUCUGUUGUCACACUUAAAUGAUUGAACCUAAUUGCCUAAAUUCGUCCACAGGAAAUACGCUUCUCUGGUUAAUAUUGACGUCGGGACUCUACUGCAAAUCGCCCAGCAAAAAACCGCCAAAACAAUGAAAAAAAUAUUAAAAAAUAUCCGACCUGCCGACCCUAAUUUUUUCACGCUAUGAAACCGGAACCACAGUUUUUUUUACGCCCUAUUAACCCAAGUUUAGGGAGCUGAGAUUCGCAGGAACAGCAAUCAUUCAAAGUGCAAGACAUUUCAUUCAUUUCCAUUAUUUACUUCACAAUCAAUUCAGUUUCCGUUGAUGUACAGUGAAUACUAUUAAGUCAGUAAAAAUGCUGAAAAAAUGUAGUCAGAGCUCAAGAAAAAAUAUAGGAAUAUUGUGGAGAAUCCGGACGUUUGGGGAGGAGGGGGGGGGGGGGGGGGGGCGUUUGAAGGAAUUUACCGAAUUAUUCGUAUUUUAAUGUUAAAAAUUACUUGAACUGUAGAUGUUGUAAAUUGCAAUGACCUUUCAAUACCUGGAGGUCCUCUCCCUAAAAUAUUUAUUUUCUUGCAUUUUCUGUAGCGAUCGAAAAAAACUACCAAUUUUAAGGGAAUAUAUUCAAAAACUUUGCAUUAAAGUCGUAAUUGUACACUUAUAUUUUAGAACUGUCGUAUAGUGAAUGGAUUUAGAACUUUACUUUUGUGUAGAGUUUCCACAAUGAUAAUAAUGACUGAACUCGACUCAAGCACAUUUUUCCAUGCAGUUUCGCAAGUGGUCCACGAGAGUGGUCCACGGACCAGGUCCACGAAGGUAGUCUGCAGACCUGGGGUCCGCGUUUUGUCGUUUCCCUAAAAAGACAUCUCAAUUGUUUGCACACAAAUAUAUGUUUGAAAUAAUGUAGUAGCAGGUUGUCCUUUUAAUGUACAGUACUUAGGUGACUUGAACAAAAUGAAAAUUAUUUAAUUAGUAUCUCUGAUGAUAUAAAAAUGCACACUUUACACACCCAACCAAAUACCUGCAGAUUGAAAGCUUUAUUGUAUGUUUUAACUGAACAAUACCCGAGUUGUACCUCUCUCAAUUCACAGAGCUCUUUGUGUAUUGGUAUAGCUAUAUACCCACGUAUUUUAACGCGCAUGCAAACUUAAUUACUCAAAGAAAACGAUAAUGUACUUAAACAAUGUAUAAACUUUUAUUUCUUUACAAAUAUCGUCGAAUUAUUGAGCCUUUUGAGCGGUAAAACACUGUGGUGUAUUAAAACCAAAACCCAAAACGUUGUUUACACGUUGUCGUCCUAUUUACCGCGGGCUCGCCUCUUAUCUCAGUCAGUACUUUAUGUAAGUCUGUUAUCGUAUCGAAAGUUCUAAUAACGUCUGAAAUCAUACCAACACACUUUGUUGUCAUUGCUAUACCGGUACCUACACUGGCACCUAUAACCUUUAGUGAUUGUACCAAAUACUCAAAAGGGUAUUAUGUGACAAAUUCUUCCUAUACAUGAUGUAAUAAAUAAAUGUAUAUUGAGAAUGCUGGCACCCCAAAAUUUAAAGGUUGUUUAAAGUUCAGAAGGUUUUGAAUGUCUCCCAAUACUUUGCCUUUUAUUUUAGGUGUUUUUUACUACACUCUUGCAAAUAUACAACCUAAAUAUCGCUCGCAGUUGAAGUCAAUUCAACUUUUGGCAAUAGUCAAAAGAUCUGUCAUCAACAAGUAUGGAAUCAAUGCUAUACUGGAGCCUAUUAUGGAAGACAUCAUAGAGUUAGAGAAAGAAACUGGAUAUGAAUUCACCAUCUCUGGCAAGAAGCGAACAUUCCGUGGGACAAUAGCGUUUGUAUCAAGCGACAAUUUGGGGUCACAAGAACUUGGAGGAUUCAAAGUUGGUCCUGGUGCAAAUCUAAGAUGCAGAGAAUGUAUGGGGUGUGCUGAAGAUAUUAAACUAAUGGUAAGUAGUCCAGGCUUGAAGUAGAGAAAAAAUGUGGCCAGUCUAAAAUUUUUUGGCAGGUGAAAUAAACUCUAGCCUGCCAUUUUUAUUUAUUGAACUAGAGUGCCAAAAUGACAAUGUCUCAUAUGAGUCAUAUUGUGAAAAUCAAUGUUUUCAUUAUAUGCAUUUUUAUUAUUUUUAACCCUACGUAGCAAUGUACCCUGAUGCACCCUACUUUAGUACUUUACUUUGUCUAACGCCAGACGAUUUUACUUGUCAAGUGGAGAGUGCUGCCACUCAAUUGGUUUACAUUUCAGUUUGAAUUUACAGUUAGGAUUUACAUUUCAAAUAUAAACAUCUUUAGUCAACUAAAUUUAUCAUUAUAUAUGAGUUGAGGUAAGCAAAUGAAAUGUAUGUAUAGAAUUUUACCCCAGGUAGAACCUACUACAGUAUUCUCAAAAUCCUUCCCUGGCUGA